AUGAACCCCCGGGGGUUACUGGCAUUUGCCAGUACAGCAUGGAUCGCAACGGCCCUAGCGCUUCCGAAUCAUUUCUCGGACACCGCAUCAAAAGCCAAAAUCCACGGCAGCGUCCUCGGUGCUGCCGUCGACCUGAACGACCCGUUAUACCUAUGGAACACGUACGGUCUGAACACAACGGAGGAGUACAAGUACUUCCAAGAGCCAGGGAAUGAUGAGAUCAACGCCCACUACGACUCGCGGUUCUUCAAAGAGCCAGUACCGAAGGAGCAGCGCUCGCAAGUUCUGACGCACAUCAUCCACUCGUACUUCGAAUUCUUCAACGGCCACAAGUUGGAGACUUGGCUUGCUCAUGGGACAUUGCUGGGAUGGUGGUGGAACGGCAGGAUUAUGCCCUGGGACUGGGAUAUUGACACCCAAGUCUCCGAAGCCACGCUCUUCCGCCUCGCCAACGAGUUCAACGGCACAGUGGCCGAAUUCAAUACCACUAACCCCGAUGCGCAACAUUCCUACCUUCUUGACGUCAAUCCUUGGGCGCGGCAACGUGAUCGCGGGAAAGGGCUGAAUAUUAUCGACGCUCGGUGGAUCGAUAUGCAGACCGGUCUAUACAUCGACAUCACGGGGCUCAGCCAACUGAACAAGGAGAAGCCAAACGAGUGGGGGUGCAAAAACAACCACAACUACCUGCUGAGUGAUAUAUACCCGCUGCGUGGAUCGUUUUUCGAAGGCGUGGCAGCCAAGGUUCCGUACCGCUACGAGGAGGUCCUUAUUGACGAGUAUAGCCGAAAGGCGCUGACGGAGACGCAUUACAACCAUCAUACUUGGAAUGCGACACUCGAAGAAUGGAUCUCCGACGAGGUGAUCGAAGCCGAAAAGGAGAAGGAGAAGGAUAAAGAGAAAGAAGCGGAUAAGGACGAUCGUCAGUACGAGUAG